AUACUGUGAACUUGUGAAUCCUUCUAAUCUCGAUUCUUUGCCAAUGAAUGCGUGCAAUGUGUUCAUUCAUAAAUAGAUAUAUUUAAUUUAAUUAUAUAGUUCAAUCGAAUACCAUCAGUGUACGUGUGAAGUGAAAAUGUAGCUCUGUCAUGUUCAUUAUUAAUUAAUCGUACAUUUAACAUUACGUCGUAAUAUAAAUAAUGUUUCGGCUUAAGAACUUCGCUUCUUUACUCCUAGUCUGUUUAGUGUUCGUUCCUAAUUUCGUAGCACCUGAAGAUGGCACGGUGUACGAAUACGACCCCGAAAGCUUCCAGCGGCAGAUUGAAGACAUGAAUGGAAACUUUAUUAUGUUUUACGCACCUUGGUGUCGACAUUGCACAGAUUUCCAGCCGAUGUGGGCUGAGUUGGCAGAGCUGGUAAACACCAAGGAGUCAGAGUUUGCCAUUGCUCAGGUCGACUGCACUAGACAUGCCGGGUUGUGCCAAGACAAUGGCAUCACUGGCUACCCAACGCUUUUGUACUACCACAAGAAUUCAUUCCUGCCGGUGGAAUACAAGGGCACACGUGACCUGCCCUCCCUCACUCUCUUCCUCAGCGAGGUCUUCAAUGCUAAAACUGAGGACUCUGAUGCCAAGAAAAGCCAAAGUAGUGAAGUUAAAUUCUACAGCGGUAUGGCCCAUCUUACUGACCACAACAUUGAGAAGUUUGUAGCCAAAGGGCAGCACUUCAUUAUGUUCUACGCGCCAUGGUGCCAGGCUUGUCAGCGAUUGGCUCCAGUGUGGGCGGAGUUGGGCGCGCAUUACGCGCACAACGAGUACAUCCAGAUCGGCAAAGUGAACUGCAUGGACAACGAGCUGACCUGCGCCACCUUUGACAUCAAACAGUACCCCUACCUGCUGUGGAUCGUGCAUGGCCGAAUUAUGGGAGUAGCCAACGCCGAGACCCUGGAAGAGCUAAAGCUGUACGUGGAGAAGAUGCUGCUGGCGGAGAACCACGACCCGGAGAAGUUCAUGAAGAAGAAGAAGGCGCUGCCCGUCGCGCGCAUCUCCGAGGAGACCUUCGAGAUCUUCAUGGAGAAGGACCUGGUGUUCGUCAACUACUUCGCUCCCUGGUGCGCGCACUGCAUGCAGCUGAGCCCGCUGUGGCUAAAGCUGGGCGAGCGCUUCCAGAACGAAAGCCGCGUGCUCAUCGCAGACGUCGACUGCGUGCGCUCCAAGCCCAUCUGCGAGACGGAAAUGAUAAACGGCCUGCCAACGCUGAUCCUGUACAAGCACAAGAAGAUAGCGCACGUGGAGCACGGCGCGCGGCCGCUCGAGAGCCUCGUGGGGCUCGUCACGGAGCACCUCGCCGCGCCCGCCGAGCCCCCGCCCAAAGACGAGUUGUAGCCAAUAUUCACUCAUCAACAUUAUUGUUAUGUAAUAUGU